AUGUCGCUACAAUCUGAGACUUUUCUUCUGAGUCAAGCCAUCCUCGCCCUUGUAAUCAUUUUCACUGCCAGAGUGGAAUCAGCAGAGGAGUCUCUGAAUAUUAUUCAUUCAAACACGUCACAGACCCUAGAAACAUCCACUUUGGGGAAAGGACAAGAACCACAAGCCCUUCAUCUGAUAAGGCCCUGCGGGGAAGAACACAGUGGGUUCUGUUUUAACGGCGAGUGCACAUACCCUCCCGAUCAAGACCUGCCCACCUGCAGGUGUCUGCCAUCCUACUCUGGUGAGCGGUGUGAACAUGUUGCACUCACCACUCAGGGACUGUCUAGUCCAGAGGAAAUCAUUGCGGUUGUCGCAGGGGUGGUCUUGUUGAUCUGCUGUGUUGUUGGUGUCACUUACUGCUGCAUAAGGAAAAGGUGUCAAAAGCAGUCGCUGCCUUACAAGACCUAUGCUUCGGAGAACUCAGUUUGA